UGCGCGCGCAGCCCCGCGGGAAGGCGAGCGUGAGGCGUGCGGGGUUCCAGAGUGGGCGCGUCCGUGGCUGUGUGCACGCCGGAGGGGGGCGUGGCUGACGAGGCGCUCAGCGGAAUCCUAGGAGCCGGCUGCGGCCCGCUAGGAUCUCGGCAGCCGGGUGGCUGUGGGAUCUUGGCCUCGGAAGCACGCCGCUCUGGCCGAUGUCGGUCUGCAGAUCCUCUGACCCUGGCGGCCUCAGGACUGCGUCCACCACAUGGCAGCCCUGUCCCCACCACCGCCUGGUCCCACGUUUGUCCUCCGAGGCACACAGUCGCCUGUGAACACACUGAAUUUCGGUCCACCAUCCCAAGCUCUGGGGAGCCCACUCCUUUUCUCGGGGUCUCAGAGUGGCCUGGUGCACAUCUGGAACCUGCAGACCAGAAGGACAGUGGCCACCCUGAAUGGCCACGGGGGCCAGGGUGUGACCUGGCUGAAGACACUGCCCCAGGGGCACCAGCUCCUCAGCCAGGGCCGGGACCUGCGGCUGUGCCUGUGGGACUUGGCAGAGGGCAGGAAUACCAUCUUGGAUGCAGUUCAGUUGGACAGUGUGGGCUUCUGCAAGAGCUCUAUCCUGGCCAGGGGACAGCUAUGUUGGAUGCUUGCUGUGCCUGGGAAGGACAACAAUGAGGUUCAGAUUCUGGAGAUGCCAUCCAAGACGUCAGUAUGCACCCUGAAGCCGGAGGCAGAUGCCAAGCCAGGCAUGCCCAUGUGCCUGGGGCUGUGGCAGACUAACUCCAGUCCCCGCCCUCUCCUUCUGGCUGGCUAUGAGGAUGGAUCGGUAACCCUGUGGGACAUCUCAGAGCGGAAGGUGUGCAGCCGAAUCGCCUGCCAUGAAGAACCCGUCAUGGGCCUUGACUUCGACUCUCAGAAGGCCAAGGGCGUCUCAGGCUCUGCCGGGAAGGUACUAGCUGUCUGGAGUCUGGACGGCCAGCAGUCCCUGCAGGUGUGCAAGACUCACGAACUCACCAAUCCUGGGAUUGCCGAAGUCACCAUCCGGCCAGACCACAAGAUCUUAGCCACAGCAGGCUGGGACCAUCGCAUCCGUGUGUUUCACUGGAGGACAAUGAAGCCACUGGCUGUUCUGGCCUUCCACAGUGCUUCUGUGCACUGUGUGGCCUUCACCACUGAUGGGUUGCUUGCUGCAGGGUCCAAGGAUCAGCGCAUCAGCAUCUGGUCACUCUACCCCUGCCCAUGACUCAGCUGUCGGACGCUGCUCUCUUACUCCAGUCUUGACCCGGCCCUGUGGAAAGUCCUCAGGGGCCUCUGAGGACAGCAAGUUGUGGCCAAAGGUCUAUGGGAUCCACUUUCUUCAUAAGGUUCUCUGUUGCCUUUGUGACUCACCAUUCAGAGGACAGUACCUGAUGACAGACACCUGGCACCUGUAGCUUGGACCUGGUAGUAUGGUCAGCCUGAACAUAUUUGACAAUAAAUUUCCCGUUGCCAACAUGGA